CGGGUAGAAGCAACGUCACCAUAUCGCAUUAUAUUUGCCUGAACACGUCAUCAUCCGCUACUAUAGUGUAAGAGGAAGUCACUAGUUUAACAGUGAUUCUUCAGCAUCCCUUGACCCCACAAGAGAAGUUUCUCCUGUAUUUAAGGAUCACUCUUGCUUCUUAGUUCUUAUACACUCUGUUGUGCAUCGUGUGCUGGUUUACAGUGAAAAAUCUGCAUGGAACUUUUCCGAAGAGUUCCAAAGCAUAUAUCUUCAAAGUUGUCAGUAGGCCGAGAAGAUCGAUCGACGAAUAUAUACUUCAUCGAAGGAAACUUUUUACUUGGUGAAUAACUUUUUAACAAGAUUCAAGUUGGCUUAAUACUAGGCUUACAACUGCAGGAGGGCAACGGGAGCACGGUCAAUGUAGUAUAGCUGCAUCGGAGGCCUAUUGUUAUUUUACCGGGGAUUGUUCACCGAUCUUCGAAGCUGUAAUUACUUAAUGUUGAAGAGAAUGAAUUCCCGAUGGUGAAUCAUCUUAGACACGGCUGUGCCGUUCCAUUCAUUUGAUGUUCAACUGAAUAGUCGUUGCCCGAGGAAAACAUCAACUCCAACAUAAUGUGAUGACAGCGUGAAAGACAUUUGAAAGCCCACUUCAACCUAAUUGGACAUAUGGGCUCUCCGACUUGAAGUGUCGGCUAUACGUAAUGUCAACAUUGUAAUCUGAAAAUACCAAAAGGGAGAGUUUUGUGUCUUGUACUAUGAAGUCAUGACCUGGUAAAGAUGACCGGACUGUAAUCUUGUUUCAAAAACAUUGAGCUAAGACGGGACGCGUCAUUAAUACUACGCCUUAAAUCCAUUUUGGAUCAUAGCCCAGGACACGGAACGUGCGUCAUACCGGUGCAGUAUAAGAAAGACUUGCUGAUGUGAUCACCCAGAGCGCUUUAUAUAAAGACUAAAAAUAACCUAAACAUUCUAAAAAUAAUCGAGUUUUUUUUUUAAACGAACUUAGUCAAUGUAUUUGUUUCCUAAGACGUCUUAGGGCAUUUAUCAUGAUGAAAGACUGAGUUUCAGUUGAGAUUCUGCUGAUUUGAUAUCUAAGAUGAGUACUGGUGAAAAAGUGAGAGGUCUUGUGGCUGAUAUCGGGGUAAAGUUACUCUGUCUCGCGGUGCUAGCUGGGCAAUCAGCUUUCCUGGAUCACGUCCUAAUCCAUUAUGGACAGGGGACGGGAUUCCAGCGAGGUUAUCAAUGGAUCAUCAUCGAUGUCAUCGUUUUCGUCUUCUGGGUGUCAGCCUUCAUCGCUUCUCGCCGCCAGUCCGGCCAGCCGAUCUACCCUCUCCCAAAAACCAGACAGGACCUCUUCUACGAGUUCCCUUUCGCCUACUCCUGCUGGCUUGUCUAUGCUUGCGUUUUUGUUGCUAAGGUCAUCCGCAUCAUACACAACAUCGACGUGACGGGGCUUCACGAGGGCAUCUUCAGCCCCAUCGUCUUCAAGAUUGCCGUCUCCUUAUCGUCCAUUUUGUUUCUCGUACUUGCUUACAGCCACCACGAGGGGGUGGAUAAGCGGGAAUACAAACUCCAGGUACAGAAGCUUGGCAAUAUGGCUAGCCUGGCCAUGCUUGACAGUGCGGACCUCCUUGACAUGAUAGUGACGGGGGAUGCCGAGCACAUCUUACCCUAUCAUGUCCGGUCAGCCAUUGUGGCCUUCGGCUGUAUCUGCUUCAUCAUCCCGACCGCCCCGCUGUUUGCUCUUCGCUUCUUGGCAUCCAAGCAGCCUCGCUACCCGAGCCAACCCAAGCCCAAGAACAAGAAAAAGAAGAAGGGGAACAAGGAUAGAGGAGACCCAGAGGAGCAAGACAGUCACUGGGAGGGCGCAUUUCUCCUCAAAUCAGUCCUCUUCCUACUUCUGGUAGACAUCCCGUUCUUCGCUAUCAGAUUCCAUCUCUGGCUACAAAACGGUAUCACGGCUUCUGUCUUUCUAACCAAAAACCUGCUGAUGGUGGUGCGAGCAGUGUUAGAUCUGAUCAGUGAGAUGCCUCAGUGUACCAAGAAUACUAAGAGAGACCGUCCCCUGCUAGAACUUGGCAUGGUGGUCCGUAUCAACAAAGACUAAAAGAGCAUUAGCAGGCAGCAUCUGCCAAUGUGUCACACCCGAAACCAAAGCAGAAUGCGCGUCUAAAAUACACAGUGCAAACUACAUUCUUAGCUUAGACGUGGGAACAUGACUGUGUUGGAACUACACUGGACGGAAUAUUACCCGACACGAGCAAAGUCUAAGGGUCAUCAAAGAAUCAUGAUCCAUCUAUGUAAAUUAUCAGUAAUAUGACAAAUCAACUUUGACGAACUUGUACAAGGCAAAACAUUUUGCUCAUUAUUUCUAAGAGGACUUAUAUGUUUUUUUUUUUUUUAAAUCGCGGGCUUUUGAUGAAGAAGAGGACGUAUUGAGUUGUAGAGAAAACUAUUGUAGAAACACGUAAUAGCUGGUAAAAGCACACCAGUCAUGAUCAUGCUGUCCGAGUGGUGAAUUAUGUCAAUUUGUUGACCUGCGACGAAGCCAAACAAAUCUAGAAGGAUGCGGUUAAUUUCAAGCAUCAGCCGGCCGGCAAAUGCAAUUGAAGCUGUUAGGUUGAUAUGAUCGUACCUAAUACCCAAGUUAUAGGUUAUAUUUGUUAUAUUUGUAAUAUUUUAAACCAUGUAGGCCUAGAUCUUAAAAAAAUGUAUUGACUUUAGUAUUUACAAGGUAAAUGACAGUUGAGUAUGCUAGUUUUUAUUCAUGAUGUACAUUUAUCAUUCCAUUAAUAUCCGUACAAUAUGAGUUUUCUAGAGCGAUAUGAACUUAAUUUCAGAAAUUAAAAAAAUAUUGACGACCGAAUUGCAUUUUUAUAUGUUUAGAAGUGUUACAGUGUUUAAAUUUAAAAAUCCUUUCUCAGAUAUCGACUCCCCCUGGCCUAGGCCUACAAGCAUGUUAAACAAAACCUGAAACACUCGUCAUCUGAAGUUUGCGUCUGUGAUUGGAAAAGUGGGCUAUGAAACUUGUACCAUGAAGUAGCUUGAAAUAUCCAGCUCACAAUAGGCUCAUGUCAUGGGCCUGGUGAGCUGGAUAUUUCAAGCUAACCGUGGAGUUACUUUAAAAAAUAUUAAUAAUAAUAAUCAGAGGGCCGUGAUAGUCAUAAAUCAUUCGAUCAUUGGCGUGGUCCUGACAGCAGAUUAAAACUUAGAGGUGCUCGUGGUAUGAAAUGGCAUUACACGGAUAUCUGACACAUCCUGAGGCUAAAUUGAGACCAGAAGAAAAAUUAUAGGAGCUAAGGAAGGUUGUUAGCGUUGGGGGUUAAGUGGGUUAUGAAUGAGUCACUAUUCACAAUUACUUCACAAUACUAAACGCAGGUGCUGAAUGCUGAUAGGGGUCAAAUGUGAAGUUUCCUUCUGUAAUUUCCUUGGAAAAUGCAAAGGGCGAAACAGGCCUCUCCUGUCACCUUUAGUAAUUAUAGCAUUCUGACCAAAUGGACAUUUUAUGUGUUUAGCAACCAAAGUAAACUUUCUUCUUUCUUUCUUUCUUUUGAAGAGACUAUAGAGUGUUUAGUGGUUACCAGGAGACUCGCAUCCUUUUCAAAACCUCUUCCUGGCUUCACACCAUUGUUCUCGAUUAUGUCCCUUAUAUUCCGAAGCAACUGUAAGCCAAUCCCACCCCUCAUCCGCCGCAAGCUCUUGGCAAUACCCCGGUAGCGUUGGCGAUACAUGGGUAGAGAUAUCCCGCCUUUCAAUGAAUUAUUUCCGACCGAAACUGUGCGCUUUCAGACCAAUAAUCCCUUGGAUAUCAGUCAGUGGGUUUUGUGGUUUCGUCCCUACUUUGAUAAGAAGAGUGAUAAUUUUGAAACAUUGUGAAAAAGGUA